AUGCUGUCGAGGGCAGCUCGGAUCGCGCGUCUGCAGCCGACUGCGGCGCAGCUCUACCGCUCCGUCGCGACACCAGCCGGGAGACCCCAAUUUCUAGCUUCAUCAUGGAGCAGAACUUUCGCCCAUGACAACAAGCCGAAGGACCCCAUUUCCGGGACGCCUAGUGACCAGCAGAAGCCUGCCGGGUCAACGCCAGGCGAAGCCGAGACCCCAGCUUCGUCGAGUUCCGACUAUCAAGCAGCCUACGAGGAGGCUGCCGAAGCGUCAUCAAAAACCUCUUCGACCCAGACCCCCAAAUCCGACGCCAAGCCAGAUGCCGCCGAUGCGACAGAAGCUCCCGAACCGGCCGCGCCUACAGGCCCUCUGCCCGACCUCACCCAGGGUAUUCCUUCCACCCUAGCCUACGAGAUGUCCGGCGCGACCAACAAGGCGGCUCUCGCUGCCAUGGCCGAGGAAGAUGCCGUCGCUCAGGGUGGUGGCCGCGGCCGUGGAGAGCUUCCCGAUUCGGCAUACGUUUCGUCGACAGACAAGAAGCGCCAGCAAUUUGCAAGUCGCAUGUUCCUCGCUUUCAUCGGCUUCAGCGCCGCCGGUGUAGUCUAUCUCGGACGCAACUGGGAUGACAAGGAAGAGGAGGCUAGGCAUGCCGAGACUGCGCCCAACGGCUGGAGUUUUGGUGCUUGGUGGGCCAGAGUCACUGCUCGCACGGGCGACUUCAUGAACUACUACCAGGAGCCUGCCUUCGAGAAGCUUCUCCCCGACCCUGACCCGUCGUUCGAGCGUCCUUACACCCUGUGUAUCAGCUUGGAGGACAUGCUCGUCCACAGCGAAUGGACUCGCGAGCACGGCUGGAGAGUGGCCAAGCGGCCCGGCGUCGACUACUUCCUGCGAUACCUCAGCCAGUACUAUGAGCUGGUUCUCUUCACCAGCGUUCCCUUCGCCAUUGGCGAGCCCCUCGUCAGGAAGCUCGAUCCCUUCCGCUUCAUCAUGUGGCCCCUCUACCGGGAGGCAACCAAGUACAAGGACGGAGAGGUUGUCAAGGAUCUUUCGUACCUGAACCGUGAUCUGUCCAAGGUCAUCAUUCUCGAUACCAGCGAGAAACAUGUCCAGAACCAGCCCGAGAACGCCAUCGUCCUGCCCAAGUGGACGGGCGACUCGAAGGACAAGGAGCUCGUCAGCCUGAUUCCGUUCCUCGAGUAUAUCCACACGAUGCAGUACGGCGAUGUUCGUAAGGUCCUCAAGUCCUUCGAGGGCAAGCAUAUCCCUACCGAGUUCGCCCGCCGCGAGGCCAUUGCACGAGCCGAGUUUAACAAGCAGGUCGAGGCCAAGAAGAAGAAGGCACCAUCCGGCAUGGGUAUGCUCGGCGGCAUGCUCGGCCUCAAGCCGUCUAACAUGAGUCUGAUGGUGUCCCCUGACGGCGAGCAAAACCCCCAUGAGGCUCUUGCCCAGGGCAAGAUGCUCCAAGAUAUUGCGCGCGAGCGUGGUCAGCGCAACUACGAGUUGCUCGAGAAGGAGAUCCGUGAAAACGGUGAAAAGUGGCUCAAGGAAGAGGCUGCCAUGCAAGAGAAAGCCCAGCAGGAGGCCAUGCAGAACAUGAUGGGUUCCUUCGGCGGGUGGUUCGUCAAGGGUGACGACGCCAACAAGAAGCAGUAA